AUGACAGAUGUAUGGCGUUUGGACACUUUGCCAUCUGACGUUUUGAUUUUAAUUUUCGAUUAUUGCCAUGCAUUUGACUUGGUGCGACUUAGCGAAGUUUGUAAACGGUUCUACUACAUCAUACGAGAAGAGACACUUUGGAUCAAGAAAAGCAAACAGCCGAUCGCGACGAAUCAAACUUCAAAGAAAUUUCGCGAAAGGUGCAAUUCAUUACUAUGUUUGCGUACAAAAUGGCAUGUUUCAAAUAACUGGCAAUACGGCAAAUACGAGAGAAGGAUUCUUUUUUCUCAAACUACAAAAGUUAUACCAAAAAUUGAACUAACCAAAAACGUUUUAUGGUGGAGUGGCGGAAAUGAAUUGUAUGGUUUUAGACGUACUGAACCAUUUCAGGAAAAUAACAGAACGUUUAUUAAUGAUUAUGUUAGGAGUGAUAUUUGCAAAUUCGUUGUUAGAAAUGAUUGUAUUAUUACAGGUCACAGAGAUGGAAGUAUACAAUUUUGGAAAAAACCAGAACGUGGUCGGAAAAUAAAUUUUUACUUCAGUGUAGACAGAGCUCAUUCUAAGAACGUAAAUGCACUAGAUGAAACAUGUAGCACUAUUGUAUCAGGUUCCAAUGAUGGAACUAUAAAAGUAGAAAUUUUAAAUGUUUGGGGACCCUUUGAACAAGGCACGUUAAAUGUACCUUUAGCAACGCUAAAUAUUAUAGAGUGGGUAUGUUCUCUUUCAAUUGAUCCAACGAAUAAAAAAUUUGCUGUAGGCUCUGCUGGUGAAAUUGAUAGGCCUCACCUUCAUAUAUUUGAUCUUGAAUAUUACAAAGAAUCUGAUAUAUUAAAGCCAGAUAAAAAAAGAUGCGCAGGAACUUUAGAUAUGGUUUGGAAUAGCCCACAAAUCUUGCUUACCUGUGGAUAUGAUACCUAUAUUCGUAAAUGGGACUUGAGAACUGGAACGUGUGUAUAUUCGUGGCCAGAUCCAACGGAUGCAACUGUGUAUUGUUUAUCAACAGACUACCAGCACACUAUGAUUACUGGAACUAAAUUUAACUGCAAAGCUGUCCUCUGGGAUCAAAGACAGAAAAAUUACGUACAAUUCUACUUCAUGAACCUUCGUAGAAUGUCAAGUCCUAUUUAUUCUUUAAGCUUUGACAGUACACGUUUAUACGGCGCAACAGAUCAACAUUUAGUCGAAUUAAACUUCUCAGGGUACUCGUACAAAGAAUCUAAUUAUAGAGAAAUUCUCAAAUAUAAAUAA